AUGUCAAUUGAAAUUCCAAAAACUCAAAAAGCUAUAGUAUUUGAAGGUUUUAAUGGUCCUAUAAAUUUGCAAGAAAUUCCCGUUCCAGAAAUUCAACCAAAUGAAAUAUUAGUUAAUAUCAAAUAUUCAGGAAUUUGUCAUUCUGAUCUUUCUACGUAUCAUGCAGCUUGGGGUAGUUUAACUAAAACAAAAAUUUUAGGACAUGAAGGAGCAGGGGUAGUAGUUAAAUUAGGUUCAAAUGUAACUGGUUGGAAGAUUGGAGAUUAUGCUGGAGUAAAAUUAAUUGAUUCAACAUGUUCUCAAUGUGAACAUUGUCAACAAGCAAAUGAAGUAUUAUGUCCAAAAAUUUCAUUAAAUGGUAUAAGUACUGAUGGAACUUUUCAACAAUAUGUAGCUACUGAUGCUUUUAAUGCUGCUCAUUUACCAUCUUCAGUUGAUUUAUCUAAAGUUGGUCCAAUAUUAUGUGCUGGAGUUACUGCAUACAAAGGUUUAAAGACAUCAAAUGCUAAACCUAAUGAAUGGGUAGCUAUUGUUGGAGCUGGUGGAGGUUUAGGAUCUUUAGCUAUUCAAUAUGCUAAAUCAAUGGGAUUAAGAGUUAUAGGAAUAGAUGGUGGUGAAGAUAAAGCUAAAUCUGCAAAAAAUUUAGGUGCUGAUGAAUUUAUUGAUUUUACUAAAUCAGAAGAUGUUGCAAAAGAUGUAAUUGAAAUAACUAAUGGAGGAGCUCAUGCUUGUAUUAAUGUUUCAACUUCUGAAAAAGCAAUUCAACAAUCAGUAUCAUAUGUUAGACCUAAUGGAACUGUUGUAUUAAUUGGAUUACCUCCUAAUGCUAGUAUAAAUGUUAAUAUUUUAAUGGCUGUUUUAAAACAAGUUACAAUUAAAGGUUCAUAUGUUGGAACUAGAUGGGAUACUACAGAAGCUAUAGAUAUUUUUGCAAGAGGUUUAAUUAAUUGUCCAAUUACUGUUGUUGGUUUAAGUGAAGUUCCUAAUGUUUUUAAAUUAAUGGAAGAAAAUAAAAUUGUUGGUAGAUAUGUAGUUGAUACAAGUAAGUAA